AUGUUGAGACCCGGCAAAUUCCAUGUACCAACGCUAAUGUCGGCGUUCUCAAGAGGUCUCCUUUUGCGGCACCAAUGUGCAUUCAAAGUCCCUCGAGCAGUCCAGUUCUUCCCAGCAAAGACCUGCCAACAUCCUCGAUUGUUCUCUUCCAGCAAGAUACUGCGAGCUGCAAAGAAAACACAUACAUCUCAAACGGCCAGGAAGAUCAUUCAAAAGCAGCCCUCUCUGACUCCAAUCACCCCCAUAAAAGGCCCAACGCCAGCUUCACACACGGUCUACCAAACCUAUGCCUCCCAACUCGCCCAGAAGUCGCACCCUACACUUCUUUAUCAAGCACCCUCCCAUACAGCCUACAUGAUUGCGUGUUAUGGGACCGCCGGGUUUUGCUUUACCUAUGCUACCAUAUCGUUCUGGAGUAAUUACAUCAUGGCUCCUCCCGACAUCUCGAAAUGGGUUCCAAUCGCAUUUGGAGGAAUCAGUUUUCUGAUGGCAGCACUGGGGGGAUGGCUGAUUCUCGGACCGGCCAGGCUAGUGAGAUCGAUUUCAGCUAUUCCUAGGAGUGUUAGCGUCGCUCAAAAGACAUUGUCCAAGAAGGCGACUGUGCCCGAACUGCAAAUCGAAAUCGAGUUGAAGAAGAUGCUUCCCAUUCCCUUCUUCCCGGCGCGAAAGAUUUACGUCAAGGCGAAUGAGGUCGAGCUGCCGUGCAGAUUCGUUCCACUGGACAAGAAGCUCAGCAUAGAGGAGCAGAAGCAGAUCCAGCGACAGAAGGCGUUAGAGAAGGAGCAAUUGGAGGAGCACUAUAGAAAGCACUUUUUGACCUUUCCACUUCGACGUAUGGGCACAGCGAUGAGCAAGGGCGCGUUUGCGAUGUUUAUCGCGAUGAAGAGAAUUUGGACGAGGGAUGGAAUGAUGAUGGUCGAGGUCAAGGGUCAGUACUACAAGGUCGAUGUCUCGUCUGGCUGGGCACUGGACAGUGGAAAGGCUCUUGACAAGCUUGUCAGAAUCAAAACUGGCUUGCCACCGGAAAUUUAA